GCCACUCAGAAAAACUUCAGGUGUUAAGUUAUGUUUGUAAGCAAAGACCAGAGCCAGAUUAUUUAUUUAUUUUAGGAAGUGAGAUAUUAUACAUCGAAUGUCUCAGUUUACAUUCUUUUAGACAAUCCUGAAGUUUAGCGUCCUCAAUCAUUUCUCAUUUGAUUCUUAAGGUAAAAGUGCAGUUCAUGUGCGUAUGUUAUUUAAAGAAUUUCGUAUUUUCCCAUGUAGAUACUUUGAUAACAAAAUUGAAACUUAAAAAAAAAAAUAAACCAAUGGCCAAUGGCAUAGUUGAAUAGAGCUAACUUUUUAAAGAAUUAUAACACCAAAAUCAUAUUUUUAGCUGUUGUAGUUUUAAAGUUAUGAAUUUUUAAAGUACGACUUAAUUUGUCCUAUUUUAACAUGAUGGACCAAUGGACCGCAUCUCCAUUUUCUGAGACCCAAUCAAUUCCACUGUUGGCAUCACGAGCUAUAUAACUCUUGUUUUAAUGAUAAUUUUAUUUUCAGAACUAAUGCUGUAUUACAAAAAUUUGUUUAAUAAUGUUAACAAUUGCAGAUAAAUUGUAGCUUAAUUUAUAUCAAUAAAUUUAAUAUAAUGUAUUAAUAUAUGGCUUUUCUGUUAACCAAAUCUUUGACGUCCAUUAUAUCGAUAUUUGCUAUAUAGUCUAUAUAAGGCAACUCAUGCCCUAAUUACGAAAAUACUAUUUGGGAACUAUUGAACUUUCAACUUUGGUACAUGACUAAUUAAUUAAAGCUUUCCCUGAUGUCCUAGUUAUGCAAGACACUGCGAAUGGCCGCCAUGACAUUUUGCACACGCCGAAUUUUGAUCAUUUAUAAUAUGGACUCUGCCGGGUUUUUUAACCUCAAAUUAAAAUAUUAUUCUUUCAAUAAAAUUUAAAUUCAUUCUAAAAACAUGAGUUAUCAAAUAUUUUGAUGUAAAUAGUGGAAAUAAUUAAAUAUUUCCUACGUAAUGCCGUCUUCCGCCACUGAAAGGGGGGCGUGGCCACUUCCUUAUCGAAAUUGGGCUGAGCUACAUUACCAUAUAGGGGUUCACUUAAGUGAGCAUAACAAGUGACCGACAUGUCAGAACUCAAUGAGAAUUGACACAAAUACAUAUCGAUAGCUAAUACAGAAUAAGACUUUUUUUUAAGACAUAAAAGUUGAACUUCUAUAAGGAUUUUAUAGUGAAAGAUGCCUUAUAUUUAAAGGGGAAUCUCAAAAUACAGGUCGAUUGAAAAAUUAAAACAAAUCAAUAUAAAUGUAGGCCAAGAUGUCUACCUAAAUAUAAGGCCGGAACUCAAAUAUAUGUUGAAAGGACUCACUUAACCCAUUCGCUACUAUUGCGACCAAAUGCGACAUACCCGCCUCGCUACUAAUGCGACCAAAUGCGCCAUGACGUCUAGCAACGUACACAUAACAUCGCGAGAAGCAUUGUUGCCUUUUGAAUAGCUUUGGGAAUUUAAGGAAGUGAGAAUAGAGCUGCUUCCGUUUAAAAAAAAACUGGAUGUUUCUACCAUUUUAGGUUUGAAAGCUGCGUGGUGUUAAAGUUGGUCUAAGCUUAGCGAAUUUGUGACUCUGUUUUUACGUGAAUUAUUUUGCAAUGGCUUUUCAAUUUCUUGACUCUUUGAUUGCUGCCUCCACUUCUAAUUAUCAGAUAUAUAAUAAUUCUGACAAUGUGGAUGAAUCAGACAUUGAUAUUGAUCCAAACGCAUUGAAUUUAGAUUCAGAAUCAGAAAAUAACACCGAUGACGAUGAAAGUGACGUUGAUGAUAGCGACCCAGACACUGUCACUGAGUCUUGGUCAGACAAUUUGACCAGUGUAACUGAUAAGAUGGAGAUAUUUCAUGAGAUAGAAGGUGGCAUCCAUAACCUUCCUAUUGAAAGCAGUCCAAUUGACUAUUUCAAACUGUUUUGACUGAUACCAUGGUGGAAAUUAUUGUAGUGGAAACCAACAGAUAUGCUGAGCAACAGCAGACUACUAAGGGCCGAAAAGACACUCAGUGGAAGGCCAUCACUAAUGAGGACAUUUAUAAAUUUUUAUACAUAAACAUUAUGUUUGGGCUCCAUAAAUUGCCCACUACUAAAUUGUACUGGUCCAGUGACAAACUAUGGAGGGUCCCUGCAGUUGCAGAUGUUAUGGGGCGCACCAGAUAUGAAAAAAUAAGUCAAUAUUUUCAUAUCACUAACAGCGAACACACUCCUGCCAAAAAUAGUGUCAACUAUGAUCCCCUGUUCAAAGUGAGACCACUACCUGACCAUAUUAGGAGUGUGUGCCAAACAGCGUAUAAACCACAAUGACAGCUGUCAGUGGAUGAGGCAAUGGUUGGAUUUCGUGGCCGAUUAUCCUUCAAACAAUACUUGAGCAACAAGCCAACUCCAUGGGGCAUCAAAAUUUGGUGCUGCGCAGAAGCCAAAACCGGUUAUAUUCUUAACUUCCAAGUCUAUACCGGCAAAAAUAACAAUCCAUCAGAGCAUGGACUCGGAUAUAAUGUUGUCAUGAACAUGAUGGAACCAUACCUGGAUAGGUACCAUGAAGUUUUUUUUGACAACUUCUUUUCCUCCCCCAAACUCGCAGAGGACCUCCUACAUCGGAAGACGUACAGCUGUGCAACCAUUAGACCUAACAGAAAAGGCUGGCCACCACCCAAAUCAAAACAGAAGAGGGGUAGUGUCAAAAUUAAACAGAAGGGUCUAAUGGUUCCCACACAAUGGACUGACAAACGGCAAGUCAACAUACUUUCAACAAAUUCUGACCCGGUGGUUACCACAGUGCAACGCAGGUCGAAACAUGGAAUUGUGGACACAGAGAUCCCAAUGCCUGUUGUUAACUACAACUCUGGUAUGUUUGGUGUUGACUUGUCGGACCAGCAUCAUGCCUACUAUCUUGUGGGCAGAGCAUCCACGAAGUGGUGGAGGUAACUCUUUUGGUACAUCAUAGACCUCUCAAUGGUCAACAGCUUUCUCUUGAUGAAAAGCGCCAAACCAACAGAUGCCGCAGACUCUCCUGCCAAAAAUCAUCUGCUAUUUUGAAAAGCUGUUUUGGACCAACUUUUGACUGGAGCUACACAAUGCAGGCAACCUGACACACCAGCACAUGUUAAGCCCAAUGCCUAGCCGAAAACGAAGGUGCUACCACUGCUCUGUUAAUGGCAACAAGAUGGACAGCGGUAGAACCAGAGAGAAGACAACAGGCUGUCAUUUAUGCCAGGUCCACCUACAUAAGGGCUACUGCUUUUCAAAGUUCCACAAAACACUUAAACAAUAAUAAAUGACAAACAAUGGGGGUCAACGCUAAGAAAAAGCUGUGUAAAUUUGAAAACUUAUUUUUCCAGAAUUUAUUUAAAAUAUAUUUGUCAAUUAAAGUAUACAAACAUAUACAUUUUUAAAAAUGUAUAUGCAAUUUUCUAUUUUUAAAUGUAUGUCUUAUCAUUUUACGUUGAUGUUUACUUGUUUAAAACCAUUUUUAUUUAACAUGGGGGUGCAUGUUUUUGAGAGUGAUCUCCCCUUGCUUAAUAUUUCAGGGUGGGUUUUGGUGUUAGUGGUUAGUAGCGAAUGGGUUAAUAAUAAAUAGACACACACAUCAGAAAAUUAAAAACUCUGAUUUUUCGGCGCCGAUUGCCAUUUCCGAUACACAAAAAGUAGUAGCCUCCCUUGGUUUACCGAAGUACCUAUCCCAUGUAAACUGAUCAAAUGUCAAUCAUCUUCAAUCUUUACCAUCAUUAUCAUGAAUGUCAAACGACUUUUCAAUGUUUAUUCCAAGCAGUCAGUUGAGUCAGUAAUACUCAACAGUUAACUAACAAUAAAUGGCACAGCGUUUACUUUUAUUUGAUUUUUAAAGCAUCUUUGAGCAGACUCUGGGUGUACAGUACAUUGCCCAUGAUUGCCGUGAAUGAAUGAGCUCUCUAGUCUCUACUAUAACUCUAUACUAUAUGUUUAUUUUUGUAAAUUUGGAGAGAUAUCACCGUGGUCGCCAUCUUGAUUGCCAAGACACGCAAACUUAUGUCCUAAACCUAACCUGAACCCUAAAUCUAAACUUAACGUGAACCCUAAAUUUAUCCCUAACCUGGGGUUUGACCCUAAAGGAACCAGGGUUUUGACCCUGAAAGAACCAUGGUUUUGACCCUAUUGGAACCAGGGACAAACAUGCAAAUGACAUCAGGGUGCUAUCUCAUCAAAUUAGCUGUUUUUUCUAUUCACCCUAAAAAAAUCAAAUUAUUUUACAAUAUAUCGCCUGCGUGACCUUAGACUUGGACUUAGUUUUAAUAUUUGGUUUUGAUGUUUGGAGUGAGGUGAAAAGUCUCUAUUCUGAGUAGUAACUGUCUAACUAAGAUAAGAAAGGAAAUUAGGUUAUUUAUAUAAGUUAUAUUCUGUGCUCUGGCACCUUUUUUAGGCAGAAUUUAACUUAAUUAAAGUUGACUAAGUGUUAAUUUUUUUAAAUCAAACAAAUUUGAGUUCCGACACCAUUAUUGUUAUUCUUGAAAAGUUUUUUUCUAAAGAAUCAACCUAUUUCAUAAUUUGUAGAUUUUUGGUUAUUCAAAUACCAUCUUUUUGUACUGAAACUAAACAGCAAUUUAAAAAAUUCAACUCUAAAAAAAUGCCAGUUAUCUAUUGUCAUUUACAGCGACAUUUCUUUGUCUAUACAAAGACCUCAUCCUGACAAUAAUCAAUUAGCCAUUACUUUAUCUUAAAUUCAUGAUUAAAAUUCCCUGUAAAAACAAAAUAUUACUAACGGGCCCAUUUUGUUAAUCCUACUGACAUUGAGUCUUAAAAUCACCCCUAAUGGAGAGAUACAAAUUUCAUAAUUAAAUAUGAUCAAAUAAAUUCACUGGUUAGAGGCCUUUAAUUUAUUACGUUAAAAGAGGUUAUACACCAAAAUAAUGUAUAAUAUUAAUCCUUUUGCGAAGAUGUUGAUUAAUACUUCUUUUAAUCUUUAAAUUCUAGGAGGAAGUUUUAAAGAUGAGGAACCUCUUGGCUCGUAUGUCCUCACGCCAUAUCAUUCUUCCAGCUUUAGCUGCUACUGGCUUCUUGUACAUUCUUAUCUAUCUUCUAUUUUCUACCCCUGCAAGCUACGUACAUAAACAUUCAAAUCCAGCUGCCUUUGAUUCUGAUACAGGGGAAUUUUUAGAUGCCAAAACUUUGCUUCGAAAGAAGAGUUCAAAAGGGAGAGAGGUGAGCUCUAUAUCUAAAUCUCGAAUUUUGUGUUCAAUCGUUCUUAAAACAGUAUUUAUUAUUUCUAAUCUUCUUUAAGAUGCACAUUUUUUUUUUUAAAAGGAAUGAUCCAUAUUCAAAGUAUUAUACGGACUACCAACUAGAUUUUUUUUGGGAAUAUCUUUGUUAAUUUUACAAAUAGCUAUGGUUAACUUUGAAUAAGUGUGUUCUCAUUGACAAUUUGCUAUUGACUCUGCUUGAAAUUUUAUCCCUCUAAAUAAUGUAUUAUAAAUGUUUUUAUUUGGAAUUAAUUAUAUAGAUUUUGCAUGUUAAUGGUUCCCUAUUAAUGUUUUUGUAUAUUUAAACAUUUAACUUUCAUUUUCCAAUCAAAGAAGGAGACACUCCUGCCUAAAAAUGGACAUGGCAUCUGGGUUGAAGGCCGAGACAUUGAGAUCAUGAGUGCCAUUCAUGAUCUUCAUCAUCAGAAUACAUCUGAGACGCGAAUCGUCUUACCUUCAUUCUUGCGACAUUCAUCAAAUAGAAAUUUCUUGUGCUGUUUUCAGGCCUCUCCAGCAUCCCUUGACUACGUGCAGGUCUUUCGUUAAAUUUCUAUUUUUAGGUUUUCAUAUAUAUCGAUGAACAUGGCAAUACAGAAGUUAACAUUAACAAUCUAUUGCAAUUUUACAUAAUUUUUUGUUGUUAUUUUAUCAUUUUUUUAUUUUUAUAAUAAUUUUUAAGAUAAAAAAAAAAAAGAUUUGUGAACAUUAAUUUUCUUCAUAUAAUUAUUUCUUCUUAUCUCCAGAUAAAAGCCAACCUUGACUUUAUAGACUUAAGGUUUGUAGUAGAUCUUCAGAAUGCAGCAUUUGAAUGCGUGCUGAACACAACUGCAGAAAAGAGUAAACGUCUUCACAAGUUGGUUUUUUUUGCAGCAGAAACAUGUGAUCAAAACAUUUCAUCCCCAUUAAAAAUUAUUUAUCCGGAAUUGAGAUCAUUUGAAUUUGCUGUAUGCACAAAGGUGAGAAAUUUACUAAAAGUCUUGAGUUGCAAUUUUUUUUUUUAUGUUUAUCAUUCACCCUUUUUUUGUGGCGCUCUCCUUUAUUCUUUUGUGUCUUACUUGUGGCAGCCAUAAAUUGGCUAAAGUAAUCGUAUUUUAUCUAGAAUCUUGGAUGAAAAAAAAAUGUGCAGAGCUCAUUCAAAUUUGUAAAUACAACAUUUGUGUUUCUGAUUGCGUUGGUUGAUGAGGUUCCUUCUGUAAAGUUCUUUAACAUCACUUACAAAAUAAUCAGCUUUAAUUUGACAGGGGUUUAGGAAGGGGAGAUAAGUGUGGGCUCUCAAAAAGGAUUUAGUCCUAAUGAGGGAAACCAAUGGCCGGUGGUCCACAUGACACCUGCUAAAAAGUUAAAUCAUUUAGGGAAUUGGAUAAAUGUUUUUUUUCUAAAUGUACAAAUUUUGAAUUAUUAUCUGUAUUACAGCCUUUGAAAAUUAAUAGUGGCAUUGUAAAAUUGUCUUCUGCAUAAAAGUAUUUUUUUAUUUGGCUCAACUUAUUUCAGUGUGCAAACUUUCUAUUCUACCCAUUUCAGCAAGUUCUUUGAUUCCAGAUUAUGGAAAACUAAUGGAAAAACUAUUUGAAGCUACGAAAAUCUUACUGAAUAUUUUUUUAAGUAAUUAACUUAAUGCUAACGGCUUAUCACUAUCUGCACUAGUAACUAGUUAUCAGUUGUUAUCUGCACUAGUACUACUAGUAGCUAGUUAUCAGUUGUUACCUACACAUAGUAACAAGUUAUCAGUUGCUACCUACACAAAGUAACAAGUUAACAGUUGUUACCUACACAUAGUAAUAAGUUAUCAAUUGUUACCUACACAUAGAAACAAGUUAUCAGUUGUUAACUGUUACUUUUCAUCUCACCAUAAUAAUUUUUAAUUUUGUAAAUAUGUGUUUAAUUAUGGCCCAGAACCAUACAUGCCAACCUGUACGGUUUACCCCAAACUUUGUACAGCUUUUAUUCAUUUGCAGAGGUGUAUGCCACACAGGAUUUUUGUAUGGUUUUUUCAUGAAUUUAGAAAAGAAAUAUUUUUGCACAAGACAUUCAAAACUGGCGGUUGCAAUAAAUUAAACCUUUAAACAACACGAAGCUUAAAUCUCACUGGCCAUCUAAAUUAAGAAACUGGGCCUGGUUUCAUUGAUAUCAUUCUUUAAUACUAAUGCAGCAUAAUACGGUAGUAACUAAUUUGAGUAGUGAACCAUAAUCACAAAUCCAUUUGUGCAAUUCAUUACAAGCAUUGUGGUGCUAGUAAGUACUCUUUAAAUUUCUCUUAAAUAAUUAAAUGUGUUUAAUAUUACUAUCAAAGACUAGUAUUAGUCAUUAUUCCUAUUUAUUACUAAGGUUUUGCUUAUUCAACAUGUUAUUGCUUUCAAAGGCUAAAAGCGGGUGUGAUCAUUUCAUUGUAUACUUAUUCAGAGCUGAAGUAGGUGAGAAUGGUAGGCCAUAUUACAUUAUAUUAUUUUUUCUCCAGCUGAAAACUUCCUAUUAACAUUAUUAGAUGCUAUCCACAUAGGGCAUAAACUUUAAGAAAUGUCUAUCCUCGUGACAUUUUCCUCCAGUACCUAAUGUUGAAACAAGAGACUAAAUGUUGACAGUAAUCUGAACUUGAUAAAUUUGAUAAAACUGACGUGACAAUAUAUUAUUUCAUUCAUUUAAAUAUAAGAAUCUGUAUUACUACAGCUAGCAUAAUUAACCAAAGAACUAUGUCUUAUUAUAUGAUCCUGAAGUGUCAAAGUGUCCUCGUUUUAUAGCCAUUUUCAUUGUUUCUAUAGUAUAGUAGUUACUAUCCCAGUGUCUCAUUUGUAUUUACUUAGUUUACAUGUUUUAAUAAUUGUAAAGCGCUUAGAGCUUUAUGAUAAGCGCUAUAUAAAAAUGCCUAAAUAAAUAAAUAAAUAUAAAUUGUUAUCAAACUUGCUAUUGAACAGUGUAAAAAUACUCAAAAUUUGACAAAAGUUGGUUAAAAAACCAGCUAUUUUCAUUUUUUUUAAAUCCGAUUCACUCAUUUAUGAAUGAUCUAACAUGCUUUAAAAAAUGUGUGUGCAUCAAAAGGAAGAUAAUUCAUUUUUUUUUUAAUUCAUGCAUUCAAAACUUAGGGGGAAAAAUAAUGAAAAAUUGAUAAAUUAUAACUUUUCCGAGUUUUCAUUUCUGUCUGUACAAUUUUUUCAGGCUGUUAUACAGAUUUUUGGGGAAAUUUUUGUGAAUUUUUUUUACCCCACAGGUUGGCAUAUUUGGUGGAGCCCCAGAUUCCUAGACAAUGAUCAUGCCCAAAAAAGUUACCCACCCCUGGCGCAGUUUCAUGUGAUUAAAAUUUAACGGGGCGGGUUCUUGAAUUUAAUGGAAUUCUCAAAAUUGUCUGGCAUGCUGGCCCUUUUUCUUUAAUGAUUAUAUCCCUUAUAUUAACCUAAACCUUCAUAUAUUUGGAUGAGAGAUUAUCUUUCUUUCCUCAGGUGGCUUAUUUAAGACUUGAGCCUCACCGGCUGUUAGAGUGGUUCAUAUUCAUGCAGCUGAUCGGAGCAAGCAAAGUCCUUACAUUUCACAACAAUCUCGACGCUGAUUCGCUCCGGGUGUUUGAGUAUUAUGUGCGGACUGGGUUCUUGGAGUUGGUGGAAUACAGGCCUCGUAGUAAAAUAGGUGCAUAGCAAUGCUGAAUUAUUAACAGUUCUUUUUUUAAAUUAAAAAAUACGUGACAAUUGCUUGAAGGGUAAAGCCUUAGUUAAGAUCCUUAGUUCCCAGUUAUUUUAGUCCUGAGUGUAACUUCAUCACCGCUGGAAUCAACAUAACAUUUUUCUGUUACAGCGGCUCUCAACCUGUGGGUCGUGACUCUUUUGGGGGUAGAACGACCAUUACACAGGGGGUGCCUAAGAUCAUCGGAAAACACAUAUUUAUGAAGUAGCAACAAAAAUAAUUUAAUUGGGGGGUGGGGGGUGUCACAACACAUGAUGAACUGUAUUUAAGAGUCCUGGCAUUUGGAAGGUUGAGAACCACUGGCCUAUUACAUUAUAAAGGAAGGUGUCGAAGUGCAAUGAUUAAUUUAACAAUAUAUAAACAAAAAUUUUUAUUUCUUCAGGAGGCCCCGAUGUGAAAUUCACCGAGACAAAUGGACAGACACGCCAGGCUCGCCAGGAUAAAACCCUUGUUGUUCGAGAUUGUCAGUAUCGACUGGGUGGUUACAAUUUUGUCAUGACCAUAGACUUUGAUGAGCUGCCUGUACCUAUACGGCCCUUUGCGUCUGUGAAUUGGAUCGUGCAGGUUUGUACAUUCUCAAAUUUCAUUCUGCCUGUAGGCAUUCUUUAUAUUUUGAUACUGAUCAUGUUCUUUGUCACACAUUUUGCCAGCUGGAUAAAUUGGUAGCUUACACCGAUAUUUUAACUAAUGAUUCCACACACAAACACAUUCUUCCCACUCUUCUCACGGCUCUCACAUGCUCUCUCUCCUUCAACUUCCCCUUGUUGGCCACUGAAGCCCCAUUUAUUUUAACUUAACUUAUUAAAUGGAGCUAAUGAACACUUUUUUAAUAUUUCACUACAAUGAACUUCUGAUAUAAAAACAUUUCUCUCUUAUAUGAUAUAAAAACAUUUCCCUUUCAUAUGAUAUUCAAACAUUUUCCUCUCAUAUUAUAUAAAAACAUUUCAUUGUCAUGUGAUAAAAAAGCAUUUCUCUCAUAUGAUAUUAAAACAUUUCCCUCUCAUAUGAUAAAAGAAAACUUGUCAUAGAACAGAUCAAAAUAAUUUUCUAUCUCUUAGAACCUUCUGAUGAAUCACAGUGACGCCAGUGCCUUUAGGAUGGACCCUAUACUUCUACCGCCAGAGUGGUCAAACCCCAAACCGGGCCUCUACCACUGGCAGUUCACAUCCGGCACACAUAUUGAGCCGUACUGUAGAAAGUGGAUCUAUUUCCCCAAACGUACAUGGCUGGCUGCUACCCAUGAAAGCAUACCAAAGGAGGGUUAUAAAACGUAAGGGUGUCUUCUUGUGUGCUCACUUUGAUGCAGAGUUGUAAUCAGAAAUUUAAAUGGACUUAGUGGACUUAUAAUUUUUUUUUAAAAUAAUAUUCUUCAGCUUCUCAAAUUAUUAUUAUUAUUAUUUUUUUUGGGACAAUCUUGCACAUUGGUACUGGAAUAGGAUUUGAUAUGCAAAAAUGGUAUCGAUUCUAAGGCCAAAUAUGUCUAACUUAAGAUUAUACAUUGGUAGCUGUGGGUUGGUGAAGUAUUUUCUCUAGUGUUAUCUAGAUCAGUCUCUUAAAAACAGUCAGCCCUAAUUUUCACGUUUAUAUGGCGGCAGACCUAUUGUAAAAGGGUAAGAGUGUCCGCCUCACAACUUAAGUGAUAGUGGGUUUGAUUUUGUCUGGAUUCAUCCCUGACCUUGAGCUAAUAUCCAAAUUGAAUGGACUCAUCGGUCCAAUACAUUUGUAAAUACUUCCGGGAAAAUUUUGUAAAUAUUACAAUCUAACCUCCUUUGGAUAUUUAUUAUUUUUCAUACACACUUCAAUGACAAUGGCUUCAUAUUUUUUUUAAAAAACAACAAAACCCAUGUUUUGUUUUGUAAUUUUCAUUCAGGUACACCAUGCCAGAGUCUGUGCUGCACUUUCUCCAUUUCCGAACCUGCAAACCUGACUGGCUGGAUGUCGGCUGUGACAACUUGACCCUAAGCAUAAAAAAUGAACGUGUCCUUGACAGGUUUUCUGGGACCAUGCUACAGAAAUUACGUAAGAUGCCUCUUGAAGAUUUAAUACCCGAUAAAAGGUAUGUAGAGCAGAUCAGAAAACCCCCAAGGAACCAAGCAGAGGCAAGAAAGACGUCUGAUGAUUCAAUAGAGAGUAUUCUCAAUUAAAACAGAACAAGAUUGAAAUUAUGAUGUGGGCCUGGUGCUUCUCUGCAGAUAAAUUCUCUGACAUGACCUAUGGCAGUUGAAUCAGCUAACAUUAUAAAGGCAGUGAUUUGAUGAACAAAACUCAUACCCAUAGGGUACAACAACACUGUUGAAAAAUGGAAGAAGCCAAAAUGAUAUUGGCCUGGCAGGAAUGGGUCACAACAACGGGAUACAUCAAUGUGGAAAUUUAAGUGUGGCAAAAAAAAAAGUGCAAAAUAAAUUGAGCCAGUGUUUUGUUAAGGAGUUACUUCAUUUUGGUAAAAAAACACAACAAAAAAUAAACAUGACGGGGAGCAGAGACCCAGACCCUAUGGGAGAAACCCUUCCGUCAGAUCUGUGACCAGCUUUGUCAAGAUGAAUUCACAGGCAGUGUUCUGUGAUGCUGUAUUGAUCAGAGAUCUGACAGUUGCAUGAAGCACAUGGAACAAAAAAAGACGUCCGCUGCAACACAACUCCACUAAUGUUGUGAUUGUUAUGUUAAAGUUAAAAUUUCACCUCGUUUGGUUCCUACCGGUACUGAAAAUAUAUUUUAAAUUAAACUGUGCAGUUAUCAGCAAAACAUUUUUUUAUUUAUUUAGAGCUUUAUUCAAAAUUGUACUCAUGCAGUGAUUUGUACAAUUUUGAGUGCCAGAGUGGUCUAAUCUGAGUCAAUCUCAACCUUAUGGUCUGGAGUUCAAUCCCCACCAAAGACCCAGCCUAGCAAAAAUAUCACUUGCACCCUGGGUGGAUGGGACCCCAUAACCUUGGAUGGCAAGUGAAGGAAACUCUGAAUUCGAACCCAGAGAUGGAGUUCAUUAGGCGGAUAACAUUGACACAAGAACAAUUCUGACAACUCCUGCGGCGCUAUUGGUGCCAAGCUGUAGCUUCCACAUAUGAUGUUCCCUUGGGUUAUCCAGGUGCUGGAGGGAGGCAAUUUGUCGUCUUAGGAACCAUCUUAUAAUCUAAAAGAAAAAUCCAGUCAACACCAUCGUCACAUUGUGACGGACUGAUGCCAGAAAGAAAAAAAAAUGCAUUUUUAAUGUUGAAUACGUUGGAAGUUUAGUUUUUUUGAGAUCAUAACUCACCACGUCAAAAACUUGAUAUUCACCUCCUUCGUUGAAUCACAUUGCUGCCCAGGUCUCUGACAUGGCACCAAGUCUUGCCUCACCAAGAUGUAUAAUGUUAGCUGUGUUCGUAAAUGUUUUAAAAAACAUUUUUACCAUAUAUAAGCUAUAAGAGCAGUGUUCUGCACUGUCAAUGUGUAAUCUUUUAUGCACAAGUGUUAUGUUAUAGGAUAUUUUUAAUCGCCCUAACUAAUUAUACAGCAUAUCUUUAUUGACUUUAAAUCCAU